AUGGUGGCAGAAACAAAACUAUACGAUUCACUAAGCGUCAAGCCGGACGCUACUCAAGAUGAGAUCAAGAAGGCUUACAGGAAGGCUGCAUUGAAGUAUCAUCCUGAUAAGAACAAAGAUAAUCCGAAGGCUGUUGAGAAGUUCAAAGAAUGCUCUCAAGCCUAUGAAGUCCUCUCCGACCCUGAGAAACGCAAGAUAUAUGAUCAAUUCGGUCUAGAAUACCUACUCCGGGGCGGUCCACCCCCAUCCCCAGGUGGAGGAGGAGCAGGACCUGGCGGCAUGCCCGGCGGUUUCAACUUCACCAACAUGGGCGGCGGCCCCGGAGGCGGUGGUGGUACACGCACAUUCCGAUUCUCAACGGGACCCGGAGGCGGCGCAUCAUUCAACUUCAGCAACCCCGAAGACAUAUUCAGGAAUUUCGCAAAGAGUGGUGGUGGCGGCGGUAUGGGUGGUGGUCUUGAUGAUCACGAUUUCUUGGCUGAUAUCCUUGGUGCCGGGUUGGGAGGUGGUGGUAUUCCUCGAGGAGGAGCUAGGACAUCUGCAGGCGGACCCGGUGGUGCAUCGUUCAGUACUCGCCGUGAACCAACUCCUGAACCGCAGGUUGUUGAAAAGCCGCUGAAUCUAACCCUGGAGGAAUUGUUUAAUGGUACGACGAAGAAGGUCGUCACCAAGAGCAAGACGUUCGACGCCAAUGGUCGACGGAAUGUGCAGGAUAUCACACUCGAAGCAAAGAUCAAGCCCGGUCUCCGAUCCGGAUCAAAGCUGAAAUAUAAAGGUGUCGGUGACCAGGAAGAAGGCGGUCGUCAAGAUGUUCAUCUUGUCGUCACAGAGAAAGAGCAUCCAACCUUCAAACGCAGCGGCGACCACCUCAUAACAACAGUCGACCUCAGCCUCAAAGAAGCCCUAACAGGCUGGGAACGCAUCGUGAAAACCAUCGACGGAAAAUCAAUCCGCGUCGCAAAACCAGGUCCCACACAACCAGGGUACGAGGAACGAUUCCCCGGGUUGGGUAUGCCAAUCUCCAAGAAGCCGACGGAGAGGGGUGAUAUGGUGGUUAAAGUUAAUGUUAAAUUCCCGACAACAUUGACGGCGGAACAAAAGGAAUUACUAAAGGAUGUUUUGCCUUGACUUUCACUCCAUUAAGUCAUUCACCCCCGCUUAAUAUUGUUUUGUGCUAUGAUGGUAUAUGAUUGUCUUAUGAGGUUGUCUUUUUCUAUGUUUGCAUACACAUAGGCGUUCAGGUAUUUCCGGUGGCGUUUUGAGUGAGCGAAUUCGACUUUCUUUUCAAAUUUCUACUCUUCAAUAUCAAAAAAGUAAAAACUGUGAAUACAUUGCUUCAAUAUAUCAAUAUGAUUUUGGGCUACCUAAGAAAUAAUAUCUUGAUCCAGAUGGAUAA